CCUCUUCUUUACUUUUCUGUUACGCUAAAAUUUCCCAUGUGCGCGUGCUAUGUGGGAAAAAAAUUUGUACUUUUGCAAAGAUUGUAUGGUUUUAGUCUAAAUCAUUCUUAGGUGCGGCUAAUUCAAAAGAUUAGCAUAUUUUUAUUUUUGGUUUUCUUAUACAUCAUUCGAUAGAGAAUUUCACACUGAUCAGGAAUAUCACCUUCUCAGUCUUUCUAAUGCACGUUUUCACGGAAAGAAAUUCGAAAUAGUCUGAGAGUCUCAUCAUCUAGAAAAACAUUCGUGGUUCGAAAAAGUUGAAUAUUUUUUCUCCUUUGUAUUUUGAAGCUUUCAAACGUUUUCUUCGGAUUCAGUAUUGAAAACUGAAAUAGGAAAUGUGUUUUGAAAAUUUUCCAUAUGUGAUAUGACUUUCAUUUACAUUCAUUUUUCGGUUUUCUCCAGCAGAACUCAUUUCUUAUGCAAUAAAAAUAUCAUAUUCCGAGUUAGCGUCGAAAACCGAUUCGAAUGAUAUAUGUUUUGAAAUUUAUCGUUGAUUUUCGUUUUUUGGUGAAAAAGUGAUAUCCUACCGACAGCGGUUUUGUGAUACAAAACUGUUACUCCCUCUUCUUCGAAGAUAGAGAGGGAGUUCCACAAUACAGAGUUAGUAAGUGAUCGGACUAGUUAGUGGUCUCCUUACUUCAUAUUGUUCUUGCAUAUGUAUUUUUAGCAUUAUUUUGUAAAUAUACUACAUAGAUUGGAUUGGCACUUUGUUUAAUCCAGGUUGCUGAGAGAGUUUCGUGUCUCACUUGAUUGAAGAAACCGAGCUUAACGACUAGUAGAACUCAAGAGUAAAAAUAAGUGAUGACAUGAACCACCGGAUGAAUCAAUCAUAACGAAUUUGUUCGUCAACAGGUACUGUUUUCGUGAGAAAACAGAAAAAGAAGAUUUUUCCCAAAAAAGAGGCCAGAAAGAGAAUUUAUAGACAAAGAACAGGAAAUAGAGCCGGAGUGGGAGGUCAGGUGAAAAUCUCAGUAAUUUUUCGACUUGAAAAUUCGAAAAAAACAAAGGUGGUCGGAUAGGGUAAAAGGGUAUAUCAUUGGCUAAUUGUGUCGGCCCGAUUUCCGACGCUAACUCGGAAUAUGGUAUUUUUCUUGCAUAAGAAAUCAGUUCUGAUGGAAAAUAUAGAAAAUUACGAGUAGAAUUCCGAUUUUUUCUCUCCUGAUUCAGAAAAAAUGUAUUUUCUCAGGAAUAACAUAUGGAAAAAUUUCGAAACAUAUUUCCUAUUUCAGUUUUCAAUACUGAAUCCGAAGAAAAUGUUUGAAAGCUUCAAAAUACAAAGGAGAAAAAAUAUUCAACUUUUUCGAACCACGAAUGUUUUUCUCGAUGUUGAGACUCUCAGACUAUUUCGAAUUUCUUUCCGUGAAAACGUGCAUUGGGAAGACUGAGAAGGUGAUAUUCCUGAUCAGUGUGAGAUUCUCUAUCGAAUGACGUGUAAGAAAACCAAAAAUAACAACCAGAAAUUAUUGAAUUGAGACUUUAUAAUAUAUCUACAAUCCAGGAAAAAGGUGAUUUGACGGUUGAAAAAGUUAAGCUGUUGGUUAUUUUUAAAGAUUUUGAAAAACUGGAUACUUGUUUCAACGAAAUCUUAGCAUCUUCAGAAACAUCUGCAACAUCAGUCCAACCGUCAAUUCUAACCUCGGCUACAAAAGUUUUAAUAAUAGAGACUACUAUUACAGCAUCGAUGACAGAAACCAAUACAACAAUCGAUUAUUGAGUACGGUUUUUAUACGAUCUGUAAUGACCGUAUUCGUCAUCUAAAGAUGAGAGCAAGUUAAUUAUUAACACUAAUUAGUAUUGAUGCAUGUUUUCUCUCGUUCAUCUGCAGGAUCUCAGCUACAUUACCGGAUACAUCGACGUCGACUCCUGUCAUCACCAUAACAGUUCCCAUCGUUGCGACAACAGGCCCGACCGAUGCCAUAACAGUUCCCAUCAUUGCGACAACAGCCCCCAUCGAUGCCACAACAGUUCCCAUCGUUGCGACAACAGCCCCCAUCGAUGCCACAACAGUUCCCGUCGUUGCGACAACAGCCCUCAUCACCACCACAGUGUCAGUCGAAUUUUCAUCAACAACUUUGGAGAUCGUCGAUUCUACUUCUUCCGUAGUAACGUCGACAUUAACAACAACUACUACUACAGUCAAACCACCGAUCACCCCUUUCCGAAGCUGUAAUUUUGACGAUGAUGAUCAUCAAUGUUUUAGAGAAUCAGAAAUCUCAGGAAAUAUUAUAUUUACUAAUGGUUCAAUAUUUGAUGUCAGUAAUAUCAAUUCCAUACGUGCACCAACAUCGGAUGUAACAUCAAUAAUUAAUGAAACAUGUUAUUUACCAUACAAUUUAACAAUUGGUAAUGAUACAGUUGAUAUGUAUUUUUGUUAUGAUAAUCAAUGUACAACACAAUCUGGAUACACUGGAACAUGUGAAAUGGGAUCAUUUGGUGUUGUAUCGAUUGAAACAAAUGAAACAAGUAAAGUUAUCAAUACAAAAGUUCAACGCCCUACAACUCGAGACGAUAACGAUAAUCAAUGUUUACAAUAUUAUUAUUAUUUUACAAAUGAGAACGACUAUGGACAAAAUAUUCUAGUUGUUGCUAUUGAUGAUGAGACAAUGAAUAAUGUAACAAUUGAUGAAGUAAUAUUUACUGAAAUGAAAAAUAACAGUUGGCAUUCUCGAAACAAAACAUUUAAUUUAAGAACAACUAAUUAUACCAUUUAUUUCUAUUUUACUGUUUCAAAUGAAAAUAAGACCGAAGUCAUAUAUUUUGCUAUCGAUGAACUUAGAUUAUAUGAUUACAAUUGUUCUUACGUUGAACAACAACCCAUAAUUCUAGCAACAACAACAGUAGUUAUACGUAAGACCUGUUAUUUCAUAGAUAAUUGUAUUUUUAGUCAAAUUCAUUUGAUAUUUUCAGCACUACUAUCAUCAUCACCAUCAUCAACAUCAAUCAUCACAAGCUUCACUACGGCUGCGGCAAACGCUACGAGCACUACUAAAAAAACGAAUUACGGUAUUCUCAUUGGUAUUCCAGUGGGUGUUGGAGUACCCGUUUUAGCUGCCAUUAUAGGAGGGCUGAUUUAUUAUUUUAAAAAAAACCAUCGCCCAAACAAAGUAGCGCAGACAAUACCAUUGGAAGAAAGAAAAACAACAGAUAAUACAAUACGUGAGGUAGUGGUGUAA